UCCAAAGGUUUUUAAGCAUUAUUUGGCGCUCAAAAAUCCCCAAAUCCUCGGCGAAAUUGGAAACCCUAACUUCUGAAUCGAAUCGAAUCGAAUCGAAUCGAAGAUCGUAUUGCUUCUGGAUUGGAUGAUAGGUACCCGUUGAAUGGGUGGUACGGACGCGAAAGACAUUCUCGGGUUGCCGAAGACUCCACUGUCUUUAAGCCACGAAAAGAAAGCUCGACCCCAGAAGGAGUCUCAUAGAAAACCCGAUGGCAUUUCACGCGAGGUUUAUGCGCUUACGGGUGGUGUUGCGCCUCUUAUGCCUUCAAUUGAUGUUACCCACUUAAAGCGACCUCCUCCACCUGAUGAGAAGGUUGCUUGGCAAUGGCUUCCCAUCAAAAGUUCCGCUAGGAAAGAUGAUUUGCAGCUUUACCAUUGGGUAAUAAGUUCCCUCCCUAUCUGUUGUGAAAGUUUGAGCAUUUCCUUCUUUCUAAUGCCAUUUCUUUUGUCUUCACAGGUUAGAGUGGUAAAUGGUGUUCCACCAACAGCUGACUAUUCCUUUGCCAAAUAUAACAAGUCAGUUGAUAUCUCGAAAUACACGGACGAUGAUUAUGAGAAUCAUUUAACGGACCCUGUGUGGACCAAGGAGGAGACAGAUCAGUUGUUUGAAUUGUGUGAAAGGUUUGAUCUCCGUUUCACUCUCAUUGCUGAUCGCUUCCCAUUAUCCCGGACUCUUGAGGAAUUGAAGGAUCGUUACUAUACUGUGACUCGGGCCCUGCUGCGUGCUAGAGCUCAGUCUCCAGCAGAUUUGGCAAACCAUCCUCUGAUGAAGGAGCCAUAUGAUAUGACACGCGAUAGAGAGCGCAAACGUGCAUUGUCAAUGGUCCUGUCCCAGAGUAGACACCAGGAGAAGAAAGAUGCUGAGAUUCUUGCUGAGGCUAAAAGAAUCACAGAGAUGCGUUUGGCUGCACGUCGUGCGGCAGGCCCUGAUGUGUCUGGGAAUGAGAAUAUCGGUCUUGAUAAAGCUGAUGGAGGUCCAGCGUCUCCAUCUUCCAAUUCUCAACUUCCUGCAACUGCCGUGGCUCCAUCAACACUAACUAUGGCAGAUUAUGCUUCUACCCUUGCUUCUCUACGCAUGCUUCAUGUGUACUUGAGAACCUAUGGACUUGAACAAAUGGUCCAAGCUGCAAGCUCUGCUGUUGGUCUUCGAACGAUCAAGCGCGUUGAGCAGACUCUGCAAGAUCUCGGGGUUAAUUUAAAGCCAAAGGUUCCUACAAAAACGGUAUGUGAUGAGCAUCUUGAAUUACGGAAAGAAAUUCUAACACUACUGAAUCUUCAGAAGCAGCUACAGUAUAAAGAAUCAGAAGGCUCAUCACAGCGUGAAGGGUCAUAUGCCGCAAUGCCAGAUACUCCAAAGGAUCGUGUUUUCGCAUCUGAGCCAUUCAGUUUUGGAGGAAUUUCAGCUGAAAAACCAAUCAAGAAGGAACCGAAGCGCAAGGGUCCUGGAAGGCAGGCAGACACUCCUUCACCAGCUCAUAAGCGGCCUAGAAAAUUGAAAGCUUCUGAUCUCUAAAAAUGUUCUCACUACUGAUUCACUAUUUCAUUUGCAUGUUUCGCCGGUGACGCUGCACUAUUUUUAAUUGUCCCAAGAAUAAAUUUGUCACUUGUGAUUCCAAGUUUUAUCAAGUGUAGACCAGUCUAAAACACAAGAACCUACAGUCAUCAUGUCCAAAACACGAGUUUAAGGGAUUAGUAAAUUUAAACCAA